AUGAACAGAUUAAUAUUAUUUUCUUUAGCUACAUGUUUCCUUUUAGCCCGCGAAACUAUCUGCUUUGAUGAAUCGUUAAUAACCAACUUGCAGAGCAGAGAAGAAUACAGCGAUGAUAACUAUUCUGAGUCUAGUGAAGACAUUAUAGAGGAAAAGCAGAGAAGUGUGAACCUUGAAGAACUGAAGGACUGGGAGCUGCAGAACAUCAUUAAGAUGAGUACACCAACCAUAAAGAAGGUGCCAGAUUCGGUUGCUAAUUUGCCACUGAGGUUUGGCAGAAACUUUCAGGAGGAGAGAAGCAUCAAACCUGCAGCCAACCUGCCUCUCAGAUUUGGAAGGGCAUCUGCUGGAAGCCAUUCGAGGCAUCCUAUUCCUGUCUCGCACAGGUUUGAGAGAGCACCUUUUGUUCAAAGUUCCUUCCAUAACUUGCCACAACGAUUUGGGAGAGCACGGCCCUUCAACCUGCCACAAGAGACCCAAGAUUAUGACCAAGACAAAAAGAAAUUUGGCAGUUUAUACAACCAUAUGAAAAGGGAUUCUGAUGAUGAAGGGGAUGGCAUUUGGAAGACUUUGGAUCAAUUUCCUCUCUAA